UCCGCUAUCUUGUAACCUUUGAGGCAGAGUAGGGAGCCCACAAGAUGCGCAAAUUAAGAGUUACUAAAUACGUUUUGUAGUUAUUUUUCAAUUAAAACUGUUAUAGAUGACCUUAAAUCUUACAUAAUGACACAACGAACUCAAUAUUUUUGACAAGCUUUCCACUAUGAGCACGGCAAACUGGCAGGUAUUGUGGUCUCCAAACCAACACGACAAGUUUAUCACCUUCGGAAGUGAAAUAUGUCUUUACAAAGUCAGCAGGUCUCAGGAAAGUCCACCAACGGCUGCAGGUGUAAGAAGCCAAGUAAUGCAUCUUUCUGGAGAUACCUAUGCAUCACUUUUAUCUGUUGUGAAUGAUAUACAAAAUUUAAAGUGUGUUGCUUGGUAUCCAAAAUCAGAACCAGAAAAUUUAUUAGCAGUUGGACAAGCAAAUGGAAGAGUUUUAGUCACAAGCAUUGGAAAAGAAAGUAAUCAGUCAAACCAAAGAAUUUCUAGAGAAUUUGUCCCCAGGCAUUCACGGCAAUGUAACAGCCUUGCAUGGAAUCCUGUUGAAAAUAAAUUGCUGGCAGUUGGCUUGGACAAAGCAAGAAAUGAUCCUUCUCUCCUUGUUUGGGACGUCAGUGUUCAACCCACUGUAAGGGAAAGUGGUAACCAAGAAAAGAGACACUCAGGAGUGACUGGUGGCAAACAAUCUCCCAUUACCGUAGGGACAAAUUUCCAAGAGCCUUCACAUGUGCAGAAUAGGGCUCUUGUUGAACUAUCCACUUCAGAUAUAACUGUUUCAUUAGCUUGGUGUCCUUAUGAUUCUAACGUGUUGAUCACUGGGCAGGGACCAAAAUACAUCAGAGCAUUUGACAUCAGAGCGGACACAUUCCGUCCACAGAAUGCUGCCGUAACAAAAGCAGUGUAUGGUGUAUGUUUUGACCCACUUGUUGAACACAGAAUAGCUUCAUUCUCUGGGGGUGGGCCUGGCGUAAUUUGCAUCUGGGAUGAUCGAAACUUUGAAAAACCUUUGAUGACAAUGAGUCAGUUAUGUCCUGUGACAGCCAUUUCAUGGAGUCCAACACGAUCUGGCUUAGUAGCCACACUAGGUAUAGAGAGCCCCAUUGUGCAACUGUAUGAUAUUCAACAUGCUUCAGCGGUUUCACCAACAUAUGGAGUUGGAUACGAGAUAGAACCAUCUUUCAUUGAAAGGAGUGUUAAGCCAUCAGGAACAGUUGUGUCUGCAUUCUCCUGGCAUCCUACACAAGAGAAUCGCAUGCUUGCAAUAUCAUCAUUUGGACUGGUCCAAGACUGUACAAUUUUUGAAAGAAUAUCUGUAACUUGGUCCCCAAACUCCUAUCUUACUUGGGGUUGUGGGAAGCAUUUACUGGAGUGCUCACAAAAGACUACAGAGGCAGCUUUAGAGGAAGAUGUCUCAUUAAAGAUGAAGCGCAGAGCAUUUGCAGGAUAUGGAAUUGACUUUUAUCAAGCACAAGACAUUGCAAGAAUAACUGGAGAUCCUAAGCUUGUCAAGCUGUGGUCAUGGAUUUAUCGGGUAAAGUCCAUGAGAGAACAAGAUAAAUCUAAAACUCUUAAAUAUGAUGGCAUCAAAUCUAUCAUUGGUGGAGAGAAUGGUGGUGGAGGUGCAACUGCAAGAAGUAAAGCAGACUCUUACCAAGAACAGCGUCUUGUAGCACCAGUGUACUACAGUGAUGAAAGAAAGCUGGCUCUUUCUCUUUGUGGCUGGGAUUUUAAAAGCUCUGGAAAUACACUUGCUGAUUUUUUAAACAAAUUGCAAUCUUCUGGACAGUAUGAGAGAGCUGCAGCAGUAGCACUUUUCAAUAACAAGAUCAGAGAUGCAAUUGAAAUAUUGAGCUCACAAGGGUCAAAUGAUAUGAAAGGUACUAAAGGAAGUUCCCUGAAUGUGGUCGCUAUGGCACUGUCAGGGUAUACAGAGGAAAAGAAGACUUUGUGGAGAGACAUGUGCAGGUCACUGUGUGGUCAGAUGGAGAAUCCUUACCUUAGAUCAGCUUUUGCUUUUUUGACCACUGAGGCUGAACACUUUGAGAAUAUUUUGGCUGAGGAAGGAAUUGAAAUCGAGGACAGAGUAGCCUUUGCUUGCAAGUACCUUCCUGAUCACAAGUUGUCCCAGUUUCUUGAAAACUUGUCAACAAAGUUGAGUAAUGCUGGGGAUCUAGAUGGCAUUCUGCUUACUGGAAUUUCAAUGGAUGGAAUAAACUUAAUAGAAAAAUAUGUAAAUAAGACAACAGAUGUUCAAACAGCAAGCUUGGUCUUUGUCAACUGUGUAACUCAUAUCUCCAGUGAAGUAUUCAAAGAUCCUAGAGUUUUAUCAUGGAUAGAAAAUUAUAGAAGUCUGCUUGACAUGUGGAGGCUCUGGCAUCAAAGGUCCCUGUUUGAUAUUCAUUUUAACUUAAAAGAUCCCACCCAAAGGCCUCCUCAACAAGUGUUUGUUUCAUGUAAUUUUUGUGGCAACUCCAUCCUUACUAACAUGCUAUCAACAAGUUCAAGGCCUCGUAAACUUGCACAAUACUGCAAUCCCUCAAACAGAACAAAGAUUAUGGCUUGCCCAGGUUGCCGUAAGCCUCUUCCAAGAUGUGCUCUCUGCCUAGUUCACAUGGGAACAUCUUCAUCACUUUCACAGAAGCCAGCAAAUCAAGGAGAUUCAAGUGCAGAAAAACCAGCAAAUGCGCGAACUGUGAAUCCAUUUCAUAACUGGUUCACAUGGUGCCAAUCAUGUCGUCAUGGUGGACAUUCCAAUCAUAUAGUUGAAUGGUUUAAGGAACAUAUUGAAUGUCCUGUUACAGGAUGUGGAUGUCACUGCAUGAACUUAGAUUCUGUUGCCAUGGCAAUGCCAAACAAUGACAUUUAUUCAGUAGCAUGAGUGGAUAAUUAUUUUUAAAAUAAUGUCAAAAAAAUUAGACUCAGACUAGCCAUUUCUGACGUUUACAGUGUUAUCUGGAAAAUAUUUGUGAAGACACCUUUACAAAAUGUUGCUCCUAUGUCUGAAAGAAAAUAUUUUUUCUUUUUCAUCUCAAAAAUUGGAUUUAUUUAGUCCUCUACUAAUUCAGAUAUUGCAAUUUAAUUCAUUCUCUACUCUAACAAUGAAAAAUUACUAGGCUUUUUUUAAAAUUGUAAUUGUAUAUAUAUAAAUUAAGUUAUGAAUCAGUGAACUUUUCUUUUUAAUUCUUGGCUCAUUGCCCCUAGAACUCUGGUGUGAAUUUUUUUUAUUCAUCAUUAGUGGGAAGCACUGAUGUGAGACAAAACCAUUAUGCUUGAGUUACAGUAGACUGAUUUUAGGCCUUCUAAGUGUUCAUGAUUGAAAGCAGCUGUAACCAUUACUGGGAUAGUUGAUGCAAUAAUAUUCCCUUAUUCACUUUGAAGCUGCACUUAAAGUCAAAUUUCAUAAGUUACCAUACUUAACUGCAAUAUUCCCUUUCCUCAGUCUGUGUUUAACAGUCACAUUAUAAACAGAACAUGACAUUGGAUAAGGAAAGCUGUGGCAGAGUGUUUUAAGAAUGAGUGGUAAAUUGGUAUAUUCUUCUUUGUUACUAUUUAAGGGGCAAUGUGGAAUCUUCUUAGACAGUAACAGCAGACACAUUUCACCCCAAUUUCUUCUGUCACACAAACAUAAUUGGCAGUUUUCAUAUGCAGAUAAUUGCUGUGAAGACGUCGUGAAAUAAAAAGUGCUUCAGUCAACAGGUCAAUCAUUUGCAUAUGGCUGCUUCCAUUCAUGUUUGUGUCACAGUAAAGAUGAGCCUAAACUUUAACCAGGUUCAUUGUUUAUUAACUAAAAGGAUCAGCCCUGUCUGAAGUAUCUAGUGGUAUUUUUGUCAAUCUCUCUAGAAAAGUAUUUUACACAUCGCCUACCGCUAAUUUAAUUAAAAAUUCAUGUGAUUCCUUAACAUUUUUUAAUUGUAAGGAAAAUCUCAAAAAAUCCAAAUCAAAGAUAUUUCACAAAGGGAUUCUUUGAAUUAAAAUCAUUGUCAUAAACAAA